UUUUUUACAGUUCCCUUUCCAUUCUAAAGAAGUUAAGUUGACUGUCGUUUAAAUAUUGGUUCGUAUAUGCACAGGUAAAAGAUACAUGUGAUCAAGAUACCUGUAUAGAGAUGGAUAGGACGGCAGAAAUGUCGUCGCUCCCACUGGACUUUGAUGGAAGAAGAAUGACUAUCCAGAUAACUUGGACCCGGCUGGGCUUCCAGAGAUUACAUUAGGGAAUCACUCCCUUAUGGGAAAUCUUGACCAAAGCCCACAUAAUACAAUGUCAAGAGGUGCUACUGGAAGAAUUUCUCCAAUACGAGGUCGUACGAUGAAGGAAUAUGACCAGCAAAUCUCUGACUUGAAGAAAGAAAAUUUCAGCCUCAAGAUGAGAAUCUACUACAUGGAAGAGCGGAUGCAACAACGCUACGGUGACGGUCAAGAUGUUUUUAAGACUAACAUAGAACUGCAAGUAGAAAUUGAUAACCUGAAAAGAGAUCUGCAAGAUAAACAAGUAUUGGUACAGAAAGCUGCGGUGGCCAUGAAGACACUCACAGAUAAUCAUGAACAGACAGUUGAGACAAUGAAGAACAGAGUUUUAGCAGAACAUCAGGGGGAGAUGAAUCGUCUCAAAGAACAGGCAGAGAAUGCAUCAAAGGACUGUGAAAGAUACAGAAAGGAGGCUGAAGAAUCUACCAAAAGGUUGGAGACAUUAAAGCAGUCUCUGGAUGAUGCUCUGUUUGAGCUUAACUCUGUUAGUAAAGCCAAAGAGGAUAUGUCAAAUAAAGUGAAAAGAGUUGAGUUUGAGGUACAGACCUUAACUGCUCAGUUAAAACUGCUAGAACAGACAAGAGUGGAACAGGACAAAGAAAGAGUAUUGCUCCUACAACGCCAGAAAGAUUUAGAGCAGCAGAUAGCAGAUUCACGAAAAGACUCCAGUCGCAAAGACAGAGACAUAAUGAGCCUGUCCAAUCUACUGCAAAAUGAGACACACAUUGACACCAAGUCUGUCUUGGAGCCAGAACAUAUCCAGGAUGAAAUAGAGGACUUGAGAGAAGCUGUGCAGAGGAAAGACAAAAAACUGCAGGAAAUGGAUGAUCUUCUCAAACAUAAAGAUCAUGUCAUUGAGAAACUUGAAGAUGCUCUUAAGACAUUGAGAUCUGAAAAAACAAAUGUUGAAAAGAAUGCAGAGGACACAUCAACAGAAUUGGAAGAAAAAGUGCAGGUAUUAGCAAAAUACAAGCGCAGUAUUGAGGGUCUGGUUCGAACCUUGAGGGAAAAAGAUAAGGAGAAUAAGGUUAAUCAGGAAAGGCUGAAAGCUUCACAGUCUGAGAUAGAGAGGCUGCGGGAGGCUUUAAGAAAAGCUGAGUUGGAAAGAACAGAGGUUGUAACUAGUGCAGCAGAGAGUGAGAGUACCAACAAGAAGCUGGAGGUACAGCUAAAAGAAGCUGAUACUAUAGCUGAGAAUCUGAUCAAGUCAUUAGGGAAGAAAGAAGGAGAACUUGCCAGUUUCCAAGAACAGCUGAAGAAAGCCAUGGAGGCACUCAAUAAGAGUGAAGAAGCUUUAGAGGCACUCCAGGCCCAGCUUACUGCUGAAAGAGCAGAUUUUGAGAACCAGCUUAAAGAGCAGGCUUUAAAAUAUCAGAUGUUACUAGAGAGUAAACUGGAACCUAAAGGAGAACUGGACCACUUGAGGAAACAAGUGGAAGACUUGCAGAAUAAAAUAGCUGCACAAGGUGCAGAGCUGCUGUCCUCUUCUAGAGAUAAAAUAGACAUUGCUGAUUUGAAAAACAGACUCAAUAGCAAAGAACAAGAAUUCCAGAAUUUGUUGGAUAAACAUCAUGAAGAUAUGCUGACUUUGACUAAAGAGUUGGAAGCAUUGAAAGCUGAACUAAGAAACAAGGACAAGCUGGUUCAGGCCCCACUUCCUUCAAUGAUGUGGGACAAUCGUCAGUACCAUGAAACAGUUCACACCCAUCAAAUAUAUGGAGCCGGGAGCUUAGCCAGGCUGGAUGUACUGGGUGAUCCUGCUGAGCUGCUACAGGAGAUCAGGUCAGCUACUGACAAGCUGAAAGAGGAGAUUGUAUUAAUGGCUCGUCUCAAUAAUCUCUCCGAGGCUCAAUGUGCUAGAACUGAAAAAGAGACUCCAGGUAAAGACUUAGGAAGUGUUGAAGGUAUACACCGUAGAUUGGAGGAGCUGAUGGAGAAAAAUAACCAGCUGCACCAUGUGAUGGUGGCUCAUUUGAAACAAGAUAACAGACAAUCUGAUAGUCCUGAUAGCAAUAGCUGCCAAGAUGGUGGAUACAGUCUGGACUCACCUGUUAGAGAUGUUGUUGUAGUGAAGUAUGCCAAACAGAACAAUGGUGAGGUCAACAGGUCUGAGUCGUCAUCAACUAUUGGAAGCAGUGCCUCUUCUCCUGCAUUCAAUCACUCAGUUGGAGUGGAGACAUAUCCAGAUGUCUUGGACAAAUCUUUGCAGACUGGCCUAAGCUUUUACCACACUGACCAGUGGGCGCAAACAUCUCCUCGCAGAGAAGAAAAUGGCAACCAGGGAGAGGAUUCACAACUUUCAGAUCCCCUGCCCCCAACACAGAUAUCCAGCAGCAAGGACUUCCUAACUGGCAGUGAGAAGCUGUUAAGGCCUGAUCAUUCUAGUUAUAAUACCAGCAGUGCCAGCGACUCAGUCCUGAGGGGUGAGGAAAGCCUUGAAGACUAUCACAACUUUAGGCAUGGCAUCAGUUUUGAUGACUACUACUAUGAGCUCUGCCGGCCUGACCGAGCCUCUGCUGUGUUGAAGUCAGACUCUAAAGACAGAAGGUCUCUCCCACAUUCUAGAAACAGCAAACUCCCUGAGGGGCCUCACCAAACAGCUCCUCAGAGCCUCUUCCCUGGGGAGGAAUCUUCACAAAAUGUGGAGGACCACUGUGCAGGUGGUGAUUGUAACUUUGCAGAAGUCAUGUCUGAUGUAGAUGAGCCUGAUGGCAAUGGUCAUUUCAAGGACACAGUUCCAGUAUUUGACCAGGGUGAGGCACCAGACAAUAGCACUUACCAGGUGGACUUAGUUGGAGGAGGUGAUCACAGUGCAUUGACUGACAACAGGAACAAGACUAAAGCAUAUAGAUGCUAUGAGGAGAGGCUAAGCUCAUUUGUUACAGAGUUGCAGAACUCAUCCUUGAAACAGAGCAGUGUCAGGCCUGAAUCCACACAAGCUAUUGAUAACUUAGAAGAACAAAUCCUAGAUCACCAAAUCCGCAGAUCCAGUUGGGCAGAAGAAUUGGAGCAAUAUAGAGUCACAAAUGAUGGCUUAGAGUUGAAAGCUGAUAACUUUAUGGAGACUGUGUCAGACAUGUCAGUUCGUGAACUAAGGAACCUUGUAGCCAAAUUGUACAGAGACCUUCAGGAACAAGACAGAUUUAUUGAGAGCCGUGUGCUUUCUGUAGAGGUUCCUGCAGAUCAUCAGACAUCUUUUGCACAUGCUGAAAACAAAACUGAAGAUAACAGUUUGCUGGACUCACAUAGCCAAUCUUCUAAACUUGGACAAUUGAAAGCGACGACUUCUUUCAAACCUUUUAGCCAAUGCAACUCUGAACCUGCAGACAGUACACUGGGUGGAGCAGUGGCUUUUCUUGUGUCCCACACAUCUGUUGCUGAGAAUAAAGAGAAAAUGACUGAAUUAGAGACUCAGAUUCAGGAAUUAAAAGGUCAACUAGAAGCCACAGAAAACACAGUCCGCUUGCUAUCCAAGAAAAACAAGCUGUAUUUGUCCACACUGGAGUCAGCGGGGUUAUCCACAAAGCAGUUAAGCCGGUCCAGCAGUGAGUCUUGCCUUGGCAGUGAGCCUAGACCAAGUAGGUUAAGAGCAACAUCAAUGGACAGCUUGAGCCAUCAGUGUUCUGAUCAGGACAAUGGCCAUAAUGAAAGUGCUAAUAUAACAGAUGUCUCUGUUCAAGGUAAUGAAAAUGUCAAAGGGAGCAGCACUGGUCAUCACUAUCAAAACAAUGCCAUUCAAAGCAGACUUCAGUCACCUGCAGACUAUCACAGUGGGACUGAAAAAAGGAUAAUUGCAAGCAAGUCUUUGGAAAAGGAAUCCUUGUGGAACUCAGUGGAGAAGGCCAGAUUUGAGAAUGCGCUGUCUAAUGAUUGGCAGUCCAUAAAUCUGACACAAUUGUCGUCUACUGUCAUGAGCACAGAAAGAACCCAGCCAGCGUCGUCAUCGCAAAGCAGUUUAUCUCUGGACAAAGCAAGCUUGCAGCUUAACAUGAAUUCCAACCACCACUCAAGUAUGGACACUAGCUUGUUCAAUGGAAUGCCCCUGCAGCAGAUGAGUGAGACCAGGCCUGGACAAGCUGUUUCUUCUACUGCACAGAAAGCUUCUGACCAGUUUACCUUGAUGGAGGAGGGUCACUCUCAGACAAAAACUGAAUUGAGCCUGAUUGACCAGAGCCUUUGCCCUGAUGUGACCUACUCGAGCAUCCUAGACUACACUUCCCUGGCACGGUCAAUGUCCUUGCUGGACAACAAGUCACAAGAGGGGGAGGAGAACAAGACCUGGAAAAAUUUGAGUGUUGUGCAGCUGAGGCUCCGACUGGAACACCUUGAGCAGGUCAAUGCCACACUCAAAGAAGAGAUUGCUGUCUUUGAGGCCCUGCACAACUCUGCUGGGGUGCAGACAUCCUUGAGUGAUGAUGGCCCAAGGAAAACAGAAAAGCGUCUGACAUUGACGGAGAAGGAGCUCCUGAAGGAGCACCUGCUAGAGAUCAGAAAACUGAGACAGAGGCUGGAGAAGUUAGAUGUGACCAAUGAUCCAGAUCAACUCUUGAUUUUCCAGUCUCACACAUACCAACGCAUCACUCACCAGGACACAAUGAUUUCCAUGCUCCAGACACAGCUGUCUGAGAGAGAGGAUCAGUGGCAGAGAGAGAUGGCAGAGACCCAGCACAAGCUCUCCAGGGAGAAAGCUAUUGCAGUGGAGAAACUAGAGCAAACCAUCUGUCAACUUCAGGCAACUGUUCUGUCCCAGAAGGAUAAAAUGAGAGAGCUGGAACUUACAGUGAGAGACCUCAGGUCAGAGUUGGACGCACAGCUUCAAGAGAGAAUAAAGAUGGAUGAAGAUCUGAAGAAGGUGUCUGGUGAGAAGAAUUCACUGGAAGAGGACCUGCUCAAAAGGGAAAGAGAAUUUCUUGACCUGGAGAAGGCGAUGUUCAAACUGGAGAUGUCCAAAGAAAAUCUGGAGAGCGAGAGCAGAAGGCUGAAGCUGAUGGUGGAGGAGAGUGAGAAAGACAGAAAACAGCUGAAGAAUGACAUGGAAGAAUACAAAGAGUGCUCCUCCCGCCUGAAGGAAGUGGUUGAGAGGAGAGAGAAGUCUCUGCAGGAGACACUUCUAGCUGCCCAGAAGCUGAAUACUUUGAAGAAGGAGCUGGAGCGCAAGGUGUCAGAAAGAGAUGACUAUGUAAAAGUCCUGGAGCGAGAGCUGGAAGAUUUGAAGCAGCAGAUGAGGGACAAUGAUGCAGGACUUGAAGAUGAGUUGAACAGGCUUAGGAAAGAGCUGGAUAGCAAAGAGCAGCAUUGGGUGGAUGCAGAAACUGACUAUAAAGUCCAGCUGAUGAAGCUCAAUGAUGAGAAGAAGAUGAUUAACACAGAUUUAGACUAUGAAAGGCAAACGUUCAGCAAACACUCGGAGCAGAUGCGACAGGAGAAGAACGACCUGGAGGAACUGGUCAGUCAGUUGCGGGGAAAGGUCGCCUACUGGACUGGGCUUGGCUUGGAGGAGAAAGUAGGCCAGCUGACUGCUUCACUGGAAAUGAAAACCAAGUUCGAGGCAGAGCUGAGGGAACAGUGCCAUCUCCUGAGCAGGGACAUGAGUGAAACGAGUGAGAAGCUAAGAGAGAGUGAGGGGCGACUAAGGAAAGCAAUGGAAGAGAAGCAUGACAUGGAAGAGAGCCUGAAAGAAAGAAAUGAAAAGGUGAAGAAAAGAGAAAAGCAGUUACAUCACUUGUUGAACCAGCAGAAGAAGUUAGACUUGGCCUAUGUCAAAUUGAAGUACACUCUGACAGAGAAGGAAGAGCUUGUGCAAAGCUUACAGAGAAGAAUGCAUUUGUGUGAGAUCACACUCAACUGUUCCACUCAAGAAGAGAAAGAGGACAUUAUGAGAGAGCUAUUGAAAGAACUUCUGGCCACACAAAGACAAGUUGAGGACUUAUUGUCAAGGAUUGAGAAAAACACUUCUGACUCUAAAGCUUCAAAUACAGUCAUUAGCAGUUCAGCCACAAGUGUGGUCACCACCGUCACUAGCUCAAUGACAUCAACAGUCUCAGGGAAAACUGAACUUAAACCAGCGGAAGUAAACAUAGACAUCUUAUCCAGCUCUGCUGAUGAGUCUGACUACAGGGGCCACCCAAGUCCUGACUUGCAUUCCAGUCUUGGAAGUCCUGGUUCAAGUCCUGGCCACCACAAGUUGUAUGCAGAAGCCCCUGGACCCCUUCAUUCAGUGUCUGACAAGCUACCUACAAAGGGAGCUGAUAUUCAUGGACUCUGUGCUGUCCUUAAACUUGAUGCCCACGAAAAGCUGCGCAAGGAAACAAAUGAAAGCCUUGUCACUUUGAGUGGCCUGGAAGCCAGAUUAAAUGACAGACUGAGAAGUUACAAGUCCAAGCCAAUCACUGAGAGUGUGGACUACAGCACUAUCAGGGAGUCAUCUCUUGCUUGUCACAACCUACGUGUCUGUUUGAACGAGGCAGCUAGUCUUGUAGCCACAGCUUGGGUGACUGAACUGCCGCCUGUUGAUUCAUUGGGACAUUUCUAUGACCCAAUCCUAGCUGAGCAAAAUGACUACCUGCGCCAUGAAUUAACUGUGACUCGUUCCCGCAUGGAUGUGUUGAACCACACUGUCAAAGAGCAGCAAGACAGGCUUAAUGCUACCACAGAGAGACAGAAGAGUUGGGAGUCUUCAUUAUACAAGCAAUAUGCUUUAUUAAGUCAACAGUUUGGCAAUGUAAAGCUGAGUCGUUCUGUUGGAGGGUUGGUUUCAGUGUGGAACAUUAUACGGUUUUAUAUAAUCUUUAACCAAGACGAACAAAGACUUGGAAGCAGCCAAAGAAAACAUAGACUUCUCUCUGGCAGGUCUGCCCCCACGGAGACACCACAGUUACAGGCAUCAAGCCAGCCCACAGAAGUCCCCUCUGAAGAAACAUGAGGACACCAUCUAGCCAGACGUCAUGCCUAGUCAUAUAGUAAAUAAUGGACAUAAGUUUUACUGACUUUCUCUUCCCCUGACCUAGCCCGACUGGUGUAAAUCAUAUUAAAAAUUUAUUUUCUCCCCCCCCCCCCCUUUUCUUUUUAAAAAUAACUUAUAUCACUGCGACUAAGUUUUUUUUUUUUAUGCAUAGCUAUUUGCUAUAUUAAAAGGCAAUGACACUAAUAAUGUUUAAUUACACAGAAUUGCUAAAAUCAUCAAACUUCUUAAGAUAGCAGUUAUUGAACUUGUAUAAACCUCAUUCUUGCGAUUAUCUCUAUAUUUUCUUAAGAGGUCUAUACAAUGUAAAGACCUAGUGUUUAUAGAUCUGUCAUUAUUCAUUGUUAUAUUUUGUUUGAACAAAUAUGGGAAAGUUGGCAAGGAACUGUAUGAGAAGCAAUGUAUUUAUUAUCUAUCUGAAUGUGAUUCAAACCAACUUGUGUUCACCUGUCUCUUGUAAACUCACUCUAGAAUCUGAUUUUGUUGACUUCAGCCAAAGUAUUCAACACUAUUGUUGAUUUGUGUGUACUCAAGCUACUAAUACUUAACUCAAAAGAACUAUUUUUACUCUUUAUUGAUUUGAAAAAUUCCACUCUUGUUCCUUUACUUUAUUUUUCCAUCAUUCUUUUUUUUUUUACUGAACAAGCUUUAAAUUUUUAUUUUUUUUUCCAAAACUUUCUUUCCCAUUUCCUCAUUCGGCUACCUCUGAUAUUGUUUUCUUACAAAAAUAUUAUUUACAUUUUAAAAUUUUCAAUCUUUUUUUUUUGCUUUGAUAAACUGCAAAAAUCAUAUCUAAUGGCCUAGAGAUGUGUCUUAAAGAUCAAAGAUUUAAAUGUUGAAUCCAAUUUUUUUUUUAAGCUUUUAUUAGUGCAAGAGCAAGAAUAAAAACAUAAUUUUUUUAUCAUCUUUGUACACUGAAUAAUAUGCCAAAAACGUGCUUUAGUCUUUUUUAUUAUUGUUAUGUUUGUGUAAUUCAGUCUAAGCAUGCUAAGGUAGAUAAACAGACCUAAUGUAAUGCUUGACCUAACGAGAGUUUGGCAUUCUAUUUGUUUCAUUGUCCUAGCGACUGCAUAGUCACUUCUAGUAUUUGUUUGGUUAUAAAUGGUUGACAACUUAACCAUUUUUCUGUUUUCAUUAUUUUUUUUUUACAGACUUUAGAAAUAAAGUCAUACUCUUCAUAAUUGACUUGACUGAAAAUUAUUUAAUUAUAACUGUCUUCAGAAGUGACAGGUUUUAGUAAUUUUUUUGUUUAGUUUAUAUGAAUUAUGUCUCCCAGAACUGUACUUCCAAAGUGGACACUAUUUGUGCCGAUAACUCACUUAAACUUCCACAUGAAAUGUCUUCCUUUUCUAGCAUGUUACUUUAUUUGUUAAAACAUUGGAACGCAUUAUUUAAGAAAUCAGUCAUUGUUUUCCAGCUUGCUGGGUCACUACAACUGUUUGCCCUUCAGCAGUUGGGAAAUAGCUGAAGUCUUGUUAAAGUGAAAACAUUAAACCAUUAUCAUUGGACUUUGGUCACACAGGUGACCCAACAUUUCAUCUAUGACUAUAGCUAGUCUUUUAUGUUUCAUUUGCUAAGACUGUAUGCCUACUGUAAUCACCUGAAGCAAUAUAUGUAUAUUUAUAUAUGUAGCAGUUAGCUGUAUAGUUCAGUCAUCAUAAAUAUUGUACUUUGAAACUUAUGUGAGGUAAUGGCCAACAAAGCAGUGAAGAAUCUUGUUAACUAGAUUGAUAGUAGCCUGAAGAAGAAUACUGUGAAAAGACUUGACUUUUUUUUUUUAAAGAUGUUUUUUUUGUCAAUGAUUUAGAUCCAAUGUCUUGAUGUUAGUAUAAUAAAUAAUCUUUCAGGUAUGUUUUACACUAAGUCAAGCGACAUUGCUUCAAAAAUAGCCAAAUCAAUAGUCACAAAGUCAACUCCAUUAUAUAAUAUAUAUUUUUUUUAUUCAACAUAUACUUGUGCACAUGUUUUGUCAAAUCUACUGUUUGUAUAAAUUGUUUGGUAAGCAUGUUAUUCAACCAACCAUAAUACCAUAUAUAUACUGGGACCACAGUUUGCGCCAUUUUGUAAUGUACUUUUGUGACUUAAUAUAUAGCCAAAUCAAAAGCCUGAUGUAAAUAUUUUUUUUGUUCACAUUGUACUCAUUGUUUUGUAAAUACCAAUCAAAGAAAUGAUGUUUAUAACAUACAAUGAUAACUUUAUUUAUUAACAUUUUUUUUAUUGCAUUUAUUAGGAAACAUUUUAAAAAAUAGUUUCUGGUUCUCAUCUCAUUUUUUUUUCUUUAUUUAUUAGUUUGAUUUUUAUUAGUGAAAAGUAGUUUUGAUAAUAACCUGGCUUGAGAUUGCUUUUUGUUUCCUGAUGCCAUUGUGUUCAGUUUUUUACUUUUGAGCUUAGAGAUUCUAAGAAGUAGUAGCUACCACUUUUGCAUGCCUAUUUUGUUGUUCUGUCUCCACUAUACAAAUGAGAAAAUAAAUUGAAGUAUUUCA